UCUGCUCAGACAUACUCAUGUAGUAGGUCACUGGGCAUGCAAGGUCGUGCGUUCGCCGCAAGGCACCGGAACCAAAGCUCCUGGACCUGAGACCAAUCCCGGGCGCGGCUCGCCGGACUACACGCCCCAGGAUGCAUCGGGGCCCGCUCCCCAUUGGAGGAAGCGGCGGCGGCGGCGACGCGCUGACCGGAAGACCCGCCUACGCCCCCCCGAGCCUUGGACAAGACUUUCCUUCCUCUGGCGGCGCCAUGCGUCCGGACCAGGCCUCGGCUUGGUACCGGCGCAUGUCCACUGUGUACGCUUUGGGCACCUGGACCGUGCUGGGCGCCUUGAUUUUCUCCGGCCGCAAAAAGAGCAAGUCACUAGGUGAUGAAGUAGAACAAAAAGAUGUCGCAACAUAUGAAAGCCCUGAGUCAAGUGAUGAAUUAGACCUAAGGAAUGAAGUAACUGAGCCCCCAAAAGGGUUUUAUGUGGAAACGAUUGUCACAUAUAAAGAAGAUUUUGUUCCAGUUACUGACAAGAUCAUCAACUAUUGGAAAUCAUGGACUGGUGGCCCUGGACCAGAAUCAUGAUUGACUGCUGGAUGCCGAAACCCAGGACUUUGUUUCAGCAUGACCAGAACAGGUAUGGAUUAAAUCCCAACUGUGACUACCAAUAUUCUAGAUACGGAGUAAGUACAAAGUUGGGACAGCAUGGUUCCUAGAGUCUCUUGGUUGCAAGUAACAAGUGGGCUUAACUUAAGGGGUAUUUGUCAAAAAUUGUGUUUGGAUACCUCAGAAUUAAAGCAAGUUAUGUUGUAGGCCUAGGAAGGCCUGGCACCACGAACUGGAAUGCAGCCAGCCACUCAUUGAACCUGCCUGCCUCUGGAUAAAAUAAAUUAGUUUUGUUUUGAUUUUAGAGAGAGGAAGGGAGAGAAAACAACAACAACACAUUGAUUUGUUUCACUUCUUUAUGCACUCAUUGGUUGAUUCUUGUAUAUUCCCUGACUGGGGAUUAAACCUACAACCUUUGUGUAUCAGGAUGAUGCUCUAAACAGCUGUGCUACCUGUACAGGUCAUCUAAUAAACUUAUACAUGUUUUCUACAAA